AUGCCAUUCAAGGUACCAGGGCGCCAGACCUUGUCACCUCGACAGACCCAGCUGCAGCACCCCCUGGGGGCGAAGGGAGAGGAGUGUCCUGCCUGGAAGGGAGGGCAAAGGGCCACAGCCUCGGGUUGCCACACCCUACCAGGCAGAGUCCCAGUAACCAGGCCACCUCCGUACCCAGGAACUUGGAGCCCGGAAUCCCCAGUGGCUGGAGCACUGGGGGCCCUGCAGCCAGAGCCCUCGCUGGACCAGGUGCUCCAGGAGCGGGAUGAAGCCCUUGCCAAGAAGCAAGCAGUGGAGGCUGAGCUGGACACAUGCAGGGCCAGGCUUCAAGCUGUGGAAGCCCAGCUGCUGGAGGUCCUGGAGGAGAAACUGAGGCUGAGACAGGAGGUGGAGGCCUGGGAGGAGGACAUGCAGCAGUUGGUGGCGAAGCUGGUACAAGGUCAGCUGCAGAGUGAGGCCAGGGGUACACAGGGUGCCCACGGGGAUGCUGGUUCUGUCAGGAGCCGGGCCCAACUGCCUCAGGGUCGGCGGGUCCAAUGGUGGUGAUGAGUUCC